CAUGCGUGCGCUUGUACACAUCAUGUACAAAUGCUCUUCUCUUUUUUAUCUUUGUUUUGACAUUUAUCGUACUCCGCAGUAAUUCCCCUAUUCGCGUGCUGCUCUCUUAACAGCUGUUUGGCAUAGUCGCGGUCUGACAAGGUGGGUGGCUUCAGCUCUUAGUCAAGUCUGAACCCUAGCCACUCUUCAUAAUUAUUUAAAGUUGAAUUGUUCUUUUCAAGCUCCCAACACAAGUCAAUUCAGGAGCUUACUCGCCAUUUAUUUGCACAUCUGUUUGGGGUGUAUACAUACAUACAUACAUACAUACAUAUGUCGUCGAUUUUAUAUGUCGAGUUCAAAAAGAGCUUUUGGCGUUGUCAUAGCGGCGUAGCUUCAAUUCUCUUCAAGCAUGUUAUUCGCGAAACGGGGAGACAAUAAUAACAGCUAAAUAUUUGGCAACCAAACUAUUUUGUUAAAUAACAUAAAAAAUAAUAAUUCCUUCGAGCUCCUGAAGACGGAACAGAAAGAUUUAGGACAGAAUAUAUUCAUCAGCAGCGAAUUCUAAGGCACUAAAAGUAUAUUAUUUACAUGCGCAGUAUUUAAGUUACAGUGACUUUUCCAUUUUCAAUGUGCUGUGAGACACCCAGCGAGCAAGCACGAUGUUGAUUCGUUCUAUAAUGUCUAAAAACCAAUGCAUUUCGACAAGCGAUUCGUAAAGUGUUCUGUGUUUAACAAAGUACAUAAUUUGAAUUAGAGGAAUAUUUUAUUUUUUUAGUUCUGGCUAUUCAGAUUUCAAAAUCAGAAGAAAAAAUGUGUCUUAGCGUUUUAUAUGAAAAAAUUAUGUGCUGUUGUCCCAAGCUGAAAAAGGGAGGUUUGAAUGAGGCCACAUUUUACGAAUAUGCAGAUGCUGUGCCAAAAUAUUUCAACGAUCAAAUAGGGGAAUUGAGCGAAGGGAUAAGUUUCACGGUGACUGGGAAUCUCUUGGUAAACUGCGAGAGGUUUUCCAUAAAUCUUGCUUAUAACAAUGAAUCGCGAGAUGUGGCGCUCCACAUUAAUCCACGACUGCCACAAAACUAUAUUGUUCGCAACACCAAAGUACAGGAUAUUUGGGGAAGCGAGGAAGUGUCCUCGGCAUUGCCGUUUCUUUUAAGUCGAGGCGAGAAGUUUUCCAUUCAAGUGCUAGUUACUGAAGCAUGCUAUAUGAUAUCGGUAAACGGACAACACUUUGCAGCGUACACUCAUCGAAUCCCUUAUGGGGAUGUUCGCAUUCUGGAAGUAAAAGGAGAUGUAAGUAACGUGGAAAUGAAGCGAACUUUGGUCUUAAAAUAUCCUGAACGAUUAGCCCAGUCAGAGGCUAAUAACAUUGAGCUUCACAUAGAUGAUGGGAUUAAUGAAAUUGACGCCAGCGUUGAGGAGACUGUCAAAAUACCUCAUGAGUGGUGCCUUAUUAGCGCCCCGAACACACAGUCGGACAGUUCGCCUAAGCGUAACUGUAGUUCGAAUGAUCUUGGCCUUACUUUGCCUUAUUAUGGAGCAUUGCCACCAAAUUCGUUGGUCGAAGGUCGAUGCUUGAAGAUUGAAGGGCGAGUGCGAUUGCUUCCACACUCGUUUUACAUAAACCUGCAACAGGGGCAGGACAUAUGGCCACAUCCAGUAAUUGCAUUCCACCUAAACCCACGUUUUUCGAAAGCAAGCAGCGGCGCUAUUGGAAAGGCGGUGGUGUGUAGAAAUGCCUGGCUUAAUGGAGCUUGGGCACAAGAAGAGCGUUCGGAGUUUGACACAAACUUUCGCCCUGGGCGGUCUUUUUGUUUAGCCAUUGUUUGUACCAAAACAUCCUUUGAGGUGUAUGUCAAUCGGCAGUUUAUGACUGAUUUUAAAUAUAAGGUUAACCCUGCGGUGGUGGACACCGUCUACAUACAAGGAGAUGUUAAGCUUUGGAAUGUAACGCUCGAAAAAAAUCAGAUGAUUAAAGGCAAAAAUUUGCGAGUCUAUCAGAAUCCAUGGUACUUUAGUGAGUAGUAGCUGUUUAUGUUUUUUUUUAGUAAUUUAGCGACAAUAAAAAAGUGAUACGCUCGUGUUUCAUUAUAGAAUAUUUUUGUUAAUAAAUAAAAUUUUGAUUAUUCUUA